UUAAAACCAAAUUAAAAAAGUCCAGUCAUAUAUGUAGUACGUACUAAGAGAUCUAUAAUUGAAAAAAAAGAGGAAAAUAUUAUUGAUUACAGACAUAACAUUCUUUGUUAUUAUUUUCACUAUACCAUAGUCAUGUUAUGCUGACAUUUCAAGAGAGACAAUGAUUGGUAAGUGGAGAAGAACGACCAGCAUCAUUUCUUCCCUAAUACCUAUUCUAUGCUCAAUUAUGUGCCAUAUCUAGGAGGCUUCACAAAAGAAUAUAGAAGAAAGAGAAGAACAGAGGAUAGAUAUAAGGAGAAGCACUAUUUGUCAGGAGGAUAUCAUAGUUGUUCAUUUGCAACCUUAUUCCUCUUCUUUUCUUCUCUUCGAUGAUAUAGCGGCUUUGACAUGUCGGAGGAGGAAGCGAGUCUGUCGUGUCAUUUUCUCCUCAUCCUCUCCUUAAUUCUUAUUACAGGUCAGGCGAUAACUGCCAAAGACUCUCCACAGAACGACAAGAAAGUCCUGCUUCAGCUCAAGCACUUCCUCCAAAACAACAACCUCAUAUACAGAGGUAGCUAUGCUCAAUGGAAUGAGUCGGAAACCUCACCCUGUAACUGGCUCGGCAUUGGCUGCAGCGCCGACGGGCGUGUCACCCAUGUUGACCUAUCCGCCUCCAGCAUCUCCGGCGCCAUCUUCCCCAGCUUCUCCCUCCUCACCGAGCUCGCGUACCUUGACCUCUCAGCCAACACCAUCGGCGGCCGCAUCCCGAGCGACCUCAACAAUUGCGUCAACCUCCGGUACCUCAAUCUCUCCCUCAACCUCCUCGAUGGAGAAUUGAACCUGACCGGACUGAACAAAUUGGAGACGCUCGACCUUGGCAUGAAUCAGUUCUUCGGAGAAAUCCGGUCCAACUUCCCGGCGAUAUGCCAGAACCUGGUCACCCUCAACAUUUCAACAAACAAUUUGACCGGAGAGAUCACCGGCUGCUUCGACCAAUGCCCCAAGCUCCAGUACCUCGACCUGAGGUUGAACCAGUUCUAUGGAGAAAUCUGGGAUGGCUUCUCCAAGCUCAGGGAAUUCGUGGCAUCCGACAACAAUUUCACCGGCGAAUUCUUUGCAGAGAGCUUCCGAUCGGACUGCGGGCUCGAAAUCUUGGAACUUUCAACGAAUAGUUUCGAUGGAGUCUUCCCCGAUUCGAUCGCCAACUGCUCGAAGCUAAACCAUGUGAGCCUGUGGGAGAAUUCCUUCACCGGCAGGGUGCCCUCCGGCAUCGGAUCACUCUCGCAGCUCGAAAUACUCAUACUGGGCAAAAACAGUUUUGAUCGAGACAUCCCCAGCGAGCUGCUGAAUUGCUCCAAAUUGGUGUUCCUUGAUGUCGGCGAGAACAAUUUUGGCGGUGAAAUCCAACAAAUAUUCGGGAAUUUCACAACAUUGAGAAACCUAGUCCUGCAUACUAAUCAGUACACCAGCGGCAUGGAGUCCUCCGGCAUCCUCAAGCUUCCGCACCUUGCAGGAUUAGACCUCAGCUACAACAACUUCACCGGAAAUCUCCCAGUCCAGAUCAACUACAUGCCAAGCCUCAAAUACUUGAUUCUUGCCUACAAUAACUUCAAUGGAAGCAUCCCGCCAGAAUACGGCAACAUUACCGGACUCCAAGCACUCGAUCUUUCCUUCAAUGAACUCACCGGCUCGAUCCCUCCCACGAUCGGGAAUUUGAAGUCCCUCCUCUGGCUCAUGCUAGACAAUAAUAGUCUCACAGGAGAAAUUCCGCCGGAGAUCGGGAACUGCAGCAGCUUGCUGUGGCUGAACCUCACCAACAACCGUCUCACCGGGAAAAUUCCGCCGGAGAUAUCGGGAAUUGGGGGCGAUCCAGUCCCGACAAUCGAGACCAACCGCCGCGACAGCCUCAUCGCCGGCUUCGGCGACUGCCUGGCCGUGAAGCGGUGGAUUCCGGAUUCCUACCCGCCCUUCAGCUUCGUCUACGUCCUGAUGACGAGAAAGAACUGCCAGAUUAUUUGGGGACAGCUUCUCAAGGGGCAUGGGCUUUUGCCGAAGUUCCUGAAUUCCAACUCGCCGUUGCAGUUGCUGGCGAUCUCCGGCAAUCAGCUUUCAGGCGAGGUCCCGCCGGAGAUCGGCCGGAUGAGGAAUCUCAGUUUAGUCUAUCUCAACCUCAAUCGGCUCUCCGGCCGUCUCCCGCCGGAGAUCGCACGGCUCCCGCUUAUCGUCCUCAACGUCUCCAGCAACAGCUUCUCCGGCCCGAUCCCACCAGAGCUCGGCGGGAUCCAAUGCCUACAGAAACUGGAUCUCUCGUGCAACAACUUCUCCGGCGAGUUUCCAGAGAGCCUCAACCGCCUCACCGACUUGAGCAAGUUUAACGUCUCCUUCAACCCCCUCCUCUCCGGCGUCAUCCCAGUAACGGGCCAGAUGGCCACCUUCGACAACGACUCCUUCCUCGGCGACCCACUCAUUUCCUUCUCCGACGCCCGCGCCAACCCCUCGCCGAAGACCGACGGCCCGAUCUCCGGCCACCAGAAAGAUUCUCCGAGGAGGGGGGCAUUCUACGUCUUCCUCUCCCUCACCGUCUCCUUUUUCUUGGGAUUGUUAGGUGGAUUUUUAGUUACUUUUUUUCUAAAAAAAAUGAUUAAAAUUAUCUUAAGGUUAUAGUCGAAUACUUAGGUUAAUCGAUAUCCAUCCGGUUAAACCCCUGCUCCCAAGCGCUCGCCCCUCUUCCUCCCUACCUCCGCAACGUUCGACCCCCACCCCCUCCCUAGGGUUUGUUUGUGUAAAUUGUUUUAGCAUUGAAAUCCUAUGUGGUGUAAUAUUGUUGGUAACUUGGUCUAGGAUAUUGUAUUCAAAAUAUUUGCACAAUUUUCAUGAUAGCGUGUGAUACAAGUUUGCUAUUCAAA